GCCACAGCUCUGCCUCGCAUCGCGUCCGACUUGCACUCAGGACAAGAGAGCUCAUGGGUCGCCACUGCCUAUUUAUUGACGAGCUUAUCGUUCACGCCACUGUAUGGACGGUGGUCUGAUAUAUUCGGACGCAAGCUUGUCCUAUUAUUGUCACUUACAGUAUUCCUUGUGUUCUCCCUUGCCUGUGCGCUCGCACAAACCAUGAUACAGUUAAUCAUAUUCAGAGCGUUCCAAGGCAUCGGAGGCGGAGCUAUCAUUACCAUGUUCAUGAUCAUUGUGUCGGAUAUUGUAUCACUUAAAGAUCGCGGCAAGUAUCAAGGCAUUAGUGAAGCAGUCGCUGCCCUCUCGAAUGGUUUCGGGCCGGUCAUUGGCGGUCUGUUCUCGCAGUACACCACUUGGCGGUGGGCCUUCUGGAUCAAUCUCCCUCUAGGAGGCAUCGCUAUCGCCGUCGGUAUAUGGGUAUUACCUUUGAAGAAAGUUCAUGGCGACAUGCGCCAGAAGCUCGUGCAGAUCGACUAUGUCGGGUCCCUCCUCACGACAGUGUCUUCGAUCCUGCUGCUUCUAGGGCUGAACUGGGGCGGCGUGACCCAACCUUGGGUUUCUGCACCUGUCCUCGUGCCACUCUUCCUUGGCGUGGUCGUCUUCGUACUCUUCCUAUUCUGGGAAGCGAAGUUCACGAAGCUGCCUAUCAUACCGAUGCACAUCUUCAAAGUCAAGACCGUAUCAGGCGUGUACAUCUCUACGAUGAUGAACGGAAUGACGUUCUUCUCUAUUUUGUACUAUGUCCCCCAGUUUUUGCAACUUGUACGUGGCAGCACGCCUGUCACCUCCAGCCUCCUCCUCAUGCCCUUCCUUGCUCCUAUCUCGUUCGUCGUCUUCCUCUGUGGCCAAUACACGAGUCGCACGGGACAUUAUCGAAACCUGGUCAUAUUCGGAUAUGGCCUCUGGUGCAUUGCACAGGGCUUGCAGUCCACCAUUAACGAACACUCUUCUGUCGGUAAAAUCGUAGGCACCUUGCUGAUGGCAGGCGUCGCCUCUGGUUUCACGUUCCAAACGUCCCUCUUGGCAGCCCAGGCGGCCGUCCCCCGCCAUGAGAUGGCGGUGGUCACUGGUGUUCGGAACUUUGUCCGUCUCUUCGGGUCGACCAUCGCCUUGGCCAUCUGCGCUUCCCUGGUUAAUAACACGCUGCGUACGGCCGUCCGCCCGCUCGGGCUGUCUGCCGAUCAGAUCGCGGCGCUGCUUAACGACCCGACAAUCAUAAACCGUUCGUCGGCUCUCGACCUCGACGCAAACAGCAAGGCGGUGGUCAUCGCCGCAUACACGAAGGGUUUCCACAGCGUCUUCUAUCUGACGGUCACCUGCACGGGCAUCGCAUUCCUGGCAUCCGUCUUCAUGAUUGAACAACACGAGCUCAACCGUGCGGAUGAUCAAGAACUUAAGCGGCAAGCGAAAGAGAAGCUAGCGAAGCGGAAGUUGGAGAAGAAGGAGAAGGAUCUCGAGGCGGCGCAAGCGUUGCCCGAGCUCGAGAAGACGAUGGCGCCGCCUAGCGAGGUCUCGAACGCCUCGGAUAAAGCUGACGCUGACCAAGUUUAGACACAGACACGGCACUUGCGAGUCGGCGACUCGCUAGACUCACGCUCAGUUCUUCAUGCCGAACGAGACAUGCGCAUUGAAACGACGACCUACCCUGUUACGACC